AUGGCACUUGGUUUUUCUCGACAGACAAAAAUGAGUGCACAGUUGGGAUCGGUUGGGGGUGAUGAUAGAAUGCAACAGAAGAACGGAAAGUAUUGCAAUGGUGGAAGCAUAAUCUUCUCCAUUGAAACUGGAUUCAACAAGAAACAAUCAUCGGAUUCAAGAUCAAGCAAUACUAGCCAUCCUUCUCCAUUUAAAGUAAAGGAAGAUGAUGAAGUAGACAAUUUAGACAUAAAGUUGAAAGUGAGGCGGAAAACAAAGCAUGUAUACUCGUAUCUACCUCCUGAAGUUGGUACCAUGGUUCCUGGAAUCAAGACGGAGCGGCGGAAGACAGCAACAAGUGGCAACGUAUUAUCAGGCUCCGAAGCAUGUCCAACAGUUAUUGGCACCUCGUUGACGUUAUCUGAUGAGACACGGUCACCAGAUGAUACACAAACGGUGGUGGAGGAGAUGCAGCCAGGUGGCGUGGACAAGUACAAUCUAAAGCAAGAGUUCCUUGAACUUGAGGAAAAGGGUGUUGAUGACCCCUAUAGUCAUCCGCCUAGUGGAGUGAGCUUGGACAACUGGAAAUAUCUUAUUGAUGUUGCUUGGAAAGACGAAUCUCACUUGAAACACUCUAAAGCUGGUAAAGCAAAUAGGGGUAUGCUCCCCUACAAUCAUACAAGUGGAUCGCGAUCAUUUCCUAUAGCAAUGUCGCUUAUGGCAAAUGAGGAUGGAGAAAUAGAUUUCCCUAAAUUUUAUAAGAAAUCACACAAGUCUAAGAAGACGGGGGACUGGAUUGACCCCAAAUGUGGUGUGCUACAUGAUGAUAUGGUGAAUCUACAAGUUGUAGCCACCGAUGUGGGGUUGCCAUUGACCCACGAAGAACUAUCAAGGCAAGUGCUCGGGGCAAAAAAAAAAUUACUUGCGUGGAUGUGGGAUAGGCCCACAACCCUCUUCAACAGCUUCCAGUGCGGCACGAGCACGUGAUAAACAUAUGGAGUCAAUGAGAGCGGAAUUGGAGGUUCUUCAUGAGGAGCGUCAAAGAGAUCACGAGGAGUUGCUGAAGGA